AUGUACUUUGCUUCAGUGCAAAGUAGUCCGUUAGGUAUGCUCGCCCAGGGAGAUUCGAGAUGCGCCAACAUGGGAGAUUCUGCUGGGAAGAAAUGGUAUAUAAUCGAAUGUCUCUCCUGCCUUCUCUUAUUUUUAUAACUUGGUUGAUCUCCAUCUCUCUUGUUAUAUCAAACUACUCAACCUCUGCUCAUGAUGGAGUGGCCUGUUAGCCGUCCCCAGCCAACGGGAAAUGGCAAUUCAAUCAAUCCAUUCUUGCUUAACCAGCACGUUUUCUCCAUCCCGAACAAUGACGCCGGCGCACAAGUAACCCUCGCCGGGCCGAAUGAUAUCGCUCAAGACAGGGGGAUGCCAAUCUUUUCAGGUGUCAAUAUCAAUUCGUCGCCCUCAAUCAAGUCACCUUGCAUUCGACACUCUGCUACAUCUGACAGUGGCCAAACACGAGUCGUUCCGCUUGAAGUGUCCACCUACUACCCACCUCCGUCCACUCCCUUCGCUCCGGCCCUACGGUACUCCAUGGAUGUGAGACCUAUGGAGGAUGUCGUCGCCAACCAACCAAACACAGCUGGGAAUACCAGUGAAGGGCACCUCUCGGAGUCUGCCCCUUCCCCUCCCUAUUUUCGGUGUAAAUGGGAGGACUGUACCAGUACCAGGCACUUUUCUCGUGUCGGCGACCUCAUCCGCCACAUCAAGUCAAUCCAUAUCGCCCCGAAUGCCUAUCCAUGCCGAGCGCAGGACUGUGGGAAAGCCUUUGGACGGCCAGAUCACCUCCAAGAGCAUACCCGACGCUGCCACCAAGUUCGUUAAGCCUUAAUUUCUUAUAAAUUUGGCGUGUGCUGUCACCUUUUGCCUUCUUAAACACUCUGUCAUCUCUCCGUGUUUACUUUCUUUUCUAUUGCUUCUUUUAUGCCAUUUCUCUCUACAUUUACCGCGUUGUAGCUCACGAGCUCAUAAUCGUGAAGAGAGUUUGUCAGUCAAAUACUGUUGAUUGAUGUUUCGGGAUGCUUGUCAAAUAAUAUCAUGUAUCUUUCGGUUAUUAUCUCCAGAUCAAGACGUGCCUUGAUAUACUUUGAAUGUUCCCAAAAAACUAGAUUAGCGGACC